AUGGGCAAACGUAAGCACUCGAAAACGGAAGAUGAGGUGAAGGGGGUACACACAGAAAAUGUAGCGGGUGCAACUCUGAGGAAGCGUCGUCUUGCCAAGCGCACGAACCGGGGCAGGGUCACUGCAGCCGCGCAGACCGGCACAUCGCCGCUCGGGGUGCUCAACGACGAUUGUCUCCUGCACGUGCUGAGCUUCAUCGGCGGUCCGGAGCAGCUAUUGCAGCAGAGAGCCGUGAGCCGGCAUUGGGGCAGCCUCGCCUCGUCCGACCCCCUGUGGCGCCCCCACUUCCUCCGCAUGUUCGGUCCCCACGUCUUUGGUGCGACCGACGAGGAGCUCGCGAGGAAGGGAGACAAGCCAGUCUCGCGGAGCUACUCCUACUACGCCGAGGAGGAUGAAGAACAUGUCAACUACGCGAGGCAUGCCGAAGACGAUGAGCACCCGGACUGGGAGUACUCGGACGAGGAUCAGGUCAAGGUUAAGGUCGCAUCGAAGAAGAAGAAGCAGAAGAAGAAAAAGACAAAGAAGGAGUCGAGCAAGGACGCAAGAGGUGGCUGUGGCCCGGUGGACGACUCGAGCCUGCAGGAGUCCAUCGAACAUGUGCGCCGUGCGCUCGAAUCGAAAGGCAGCGAUGGCCCAGGGACGGUGGGCGGUACCUGGUUCUACCGCUACAUCGCCGCGUGUCGUCUCAUGCCGCGCCUGAGGCUGCCCCACCUCGCCGACGCGCUCAAAAGCAAGUUUACCGACUGGUGCGAACGCACGCAGGAGGAAUCCUGUGAAACGAGCAAACUGGAUGUUUGUAUGGUAGAUCUGCCCCACUACCCUCGUGGCGACGUUCACUACCGCCUCCACCGACUGGCGGUGCUGUUGUCCCUUCUGAGCACCAACAAGCACGCGCCCAAGCCCGGCGAAGAGAUGCAGAUCGGCUAUGCUGGCAAAAGCUGCACGAUCACUCUGGCCCGAUUCUGCUACGCCUUCCUCCAUGGCAAGGAGCGGGAGCUGGCGGAGGAGCUGGACCUGCUUAGCCCGCCGCCCGCUUGUCCGGACAGAAAGAAAAUGAAGGCAAAGGGGACAAAGAAGAAGAAGAAGGGCAAGAAGGCACUGACUGAGUCCAAAGAUGAAGACGAAGACGAAGACGAUGAAAACGAACACGAAUACGACGAAGACGAUGAAAACGCGCGGAAAGCCCCAAGGCGCUAUGGUUGGCGGGAGUUCAAGGAGCCGGCGCUCAGCCUCAACGUCGUAGGCGACUUCACCCCGUUCGCCUACUUCCUUUCCGGCCCCUACGGCCAGAAGACGCGCCCGUUCGACAUCUCCUAUCCCUGUCUGGACGAAAACGAAGAGAUCUUUGGCUCCUCGUCCGACACCCAGGCCGCCUACUGCUUUCGCACCCCAAAGAGAGGGUGGGCGCCGGGGUUCUUCAACGCUUCGUUCUCCUGGUUCAACCACGCAGCAAUUAGCACGUUCUACAACCCCACGCUGCGACAGAUCCUCGUCGCCAAGGCCAUGGAAAAGGAGAUAGUGUGGUAA